AUGGCCUCCAAUCAUAUGGUCCAUAUGAAUCAUGGAGAUGGGGAAACAAGCUAUAUAUGCCCAAAUCAAUUGCAGAACGCUCAGCAGAACCGGAUGAAGCCCCUGAUAGAAGCAGCCAUUGGUGACUUGUGCGGCAGCAGCGGCACCUCGUUCCCGGGAAAGAUGGCGAUCACCGACUUGGGCUGCUCUUCUGGCCCAAAUGCGCUAACACUGGUAUCGACUGCCGUCGAGGCCAUCAUGAGCCACUGCCUUCAGUUCCAGCAUCCACCACCAGAAGUGUCUGUGCUCCUCAAUGACCUUCCUCACAAUGACUUCAGCAUGGUUGUGAAGAGCCUGGUCACGCUCCGUCAAAGCAACAACAAGUCUGUUUUUAUGACUGGUGUCACACCAGGGACGUUUUACGAGAGGCUCUACACUAGUGACUCCAUGCAUCUUAUACUCUCAUCCAACAGCUUGCAUUGGCUCUCAAAGGCUCCUGAAGAUUUGACGAGGAACCAUAUCCCUGCGUACGACAUGGAUCAACAUGCUAGGCAUGAAAGGCUCCCUAUCGUCCGUAAGGCUUACGCGCGGCAGUUCAGAAAAGACUUUACCCUCUUCCUGAAGCUGAGAGCCAAAGAAUUGGUCCCAGGAGGCCGGAUGGUUCUUUCCCUUGUAGGGAGGUGUUCUGAUGUAAUCGCCUCCAAUUUCUUUCACAUCUGGGAAACCGCAGCUCAGAUUCUAAGUGUUAUGGCCUCAGAGGGUGUCAUCGCCAUGGAGAAAUUUGAUUCUUUCUACAUUCCUAUGUAUGGACCCUCUGCUGAAGAGCUGAAGGAGAUCAUCGAAGAAGAGGGCUCAUUUUCUAUCAGGGAUAUGCGGGUGUAUGAUCCUACGGCUGAUAUGGACAGAGCGCUUUUCACCCCUAGCUGGUUGGCGAAACAGAAGAGAGCCAUAUUUGAGCCGAUAAUAGUCGAGCAUUUUGGAGCAAUCAUGGAUGAAUUUGUGAGGGUCAUGGAAAGGCGCUUGAGCCUCGAGGGAGGCAUGCAGGACGAUCAUGCCAGAACCUCGCGAGCUGUGCUGGCUGUAUCCCUUGCAAAGGCAUGA